AUGUCUGCCACAGUCGACGUCGAGGCCAUGAGCCCUCAAGAGAGAGCUCGUUAUGAGAGGAAACGCGAACAUGAGUUCUACAGCUACUAUGAGCCGCUCCGAAUACUCGCUGGACCAGACAUCAGAUACACCGAUCCCAACUCUCCCGAAUCUGUUACAGAGCACAAUCCGACCUCUUCCACGGAUAAAGCCUUGACUGCAUUCUGCCAGCUUGCCGCCCUCCGCUUGAAGGCCAGACGGGCCAUGAUCUUUUGCUUCGACAGUCAGAAUGCAUACAUCCUCGGCGAAGCCACUCAGACUCUCUCAUUCGAAGAUGAUGACAUCCACGACACGGGAGACAGUCUCUGGUUGGGCAUGACCAAAAUCCCCCGUGGUGAAGCUGUCUGCGAAGCUACCAUCAACCUACCUACCAACCGCGGCAGCAAUGCAAAUGAUGAGGAUGCAACAAAGAUCCACAUUGUCAACGACCUCCGUGAGGACUCGAGAUUCCGAACUCGACCCUAUGUCACUGGAGGCAUUCAAGCUCGAUUUUACGCUGGCGUGCCUAUCACCACUGCGAAAGGCUUCAAUAUCGGGGCUUUCUGUGUCUUGGACGACACCCCACGAGACGGGCUGAAGAAGAAGGAUGUACGGUUUCUCCAGGAGAUGGGCUCCUUAGUGAUGGAACAUUUAGAGAUGCUCAAGGCACGUGCAGAACAGCGUAGAGGCACUCUGAUGGUGAAAGCUCUCAACUCCUUCAUGGAAAAUGAACCAGGUACUCUACAAGAGCCAUCCAAGCCGCCACCUCCUGCCAUCACGAAGACGCUAGAAGCCAUCGCUCAAGCCACGGAGAUAGCAAACACAGAGGGUACGGAAUCCUCGGAGCACAUCGUCGAACAAUUGACUUUGCAACACAAACUGGAAGACGAGGAGGCAUUGUUGACGACAGGUCGUACACUGAACUCAAUUGUCGCUGAAGCCAACAGUACUACAAACAACAACAACGCCGCGCAGAUUGCUCCUGAGAUGAUACGACCCUCAAUGUCUCGCAGAGAUAGUACCAAAUCCAACACUGGCCUUGUCACGAAGAAGGAAGAGGAUCCACUUAGGCUGCGAGAUCAAGUUGCGAGUCACGCGAUGCAGUCCGCUGCAGAUUUUAUCCGGACAGCGGUAGGCGCAGACGGUGUUUUGUUCCUGGAUGCUUCCAUGUCAAAUUUUGGAGAGAUGGCAGAUGAGGAGGCUAUCGACAACACGAAACCUGGCCGCGAACUUGAAUCAUUCACUAGUGACACAGACGGAGCCGGCAGUGCCACAGACACACUCGAUAAGUCAAAUAACCAGGAAGAUGUUUCCAAACCUUGCUCAGUCUUUGGAGCAUCAUAUGGACUGGUACCGGCCGGUUUCACACCACCGCAUGCUGCGAUACCGAAGAAGCUGUUACAGUCUUUGUUGAGAUGUCACAAGCACGGGAAAGUGUUCCUGUACGGCGCUGAAGGUGAUUACACUUCUGAUACACAUACAUCGGAUGGUUCCAGCUUUUUCGAUGCACAAUCUUCCUCCUUGACAACCACGACUGGCCGUGGCACGAAAGACUCUUCGUUCCAGAGGCGCAAGCGAUCAACACGUUCUGCCCUUGGCAAGAAGCUCGGAGCUCUAUUCCCUCAAGCAAGAAGUUUGAUGUUACUUGGCCUCUGGAACAUGUCUCGAGAUCGAUGGGACGCUGGCUGUAUCGUAUACUCGAACUCGCCAAUCCGAGUAUUCUCUCUCGAGUCUGAGAUGUGCUAUCUCAAAGCAUUCUGCGAUGUCAUUAGUGCCAAGAUCGGAAGGCUGGAUGUUGAAAUGUCACACAAGGUCAAAUCAGACUUCAUGUCGUCGAUCAGUCACGAGCUGCGCAGUCCACUGCAUGGCAUCCUCGGAACUGCCGAGUUCAUUCAUGAUCAAAUUCAUGAUGACGAAACCUCAGAGAUGAUUGGGCAGAUUCAAGUUUGUGGCCAGACGCUACUUGAUGUAGUGGACCACUUGCUCGACUUCUCGAAGGUCAAUUCUGUCUCCAAGCACAACAAAAAACAGCUCGGUGCCGACCAAAGAGCUCGCAAUCGCUCUGGCGGUUUGUCUCGAACCGAAACACUUGGAGGCAUGGUAGUUGAGAAAACCAAUGUCUUGCUGGACGAGUUGACAGAAGAGGUAAUUGAUACAGCAGUCUACUCGUUCUGCUGCUCAAAGGAUGGCCAAACGCUUGAUCAGCGCAAAGUCACAGUCAUCACCGACAUCGACCCUAGCGCUUUGUCUUUGGGCUGCGUCAUCGCGGUCGGAGCGUGGAAGAGGUUGUGUAUCAACCUGAUCAACAACGCUCUCAAAUAUACUGAGCGGGGAUAUAUUGUCGCCGCCUUGAAGUUGAUCCCGCCCACAGAAAGGCAGAGACGUCCACGUGCACGACUGACGAUCACGGACAGUGGAAAGGGUAUCUCGAAGGAGUUUUUGACAAGUCAAUUAUUCCGAGCGUUUGCGCAGGAGGACGAUCUGAGUGAAGGCACUGGUCUAGGCAUGAGUAUGGUCGCAAAGAUCGUAAAGAACCUGGGAGGCCAUAUUGACGUGCAAAGCAAAAAGGAUGUUGGCACAACGGUCUCUGUCACUUUGCCGCUGGACGUGAGGGGAUCUGGAGAUGCCCAACGCAUCCACAAUCGCACACUAUCAUCCGGACCAAACAUGAUCUCGAUGCACUGCUUGGGUUUCGCACCCGUUGAGUCAUAUCGGGAAAAGAGUAUCAUGGCUGGCCGCGACUUCCAGAUCGAAACGCUACGCAAGACCUGCCGACAGCUCAACGUCAUGAUCUCACCCUCAAGCUGGUCGGCUUCCAGUGAUUUCGAUCUAGCGAUGGUCACUGAGGAAGAUGUGCCAGAACUUUUGAGAAUACUGCAGCCGACAUUGGUAAGGACACCGCAUGCUGGCCCCGACGCUAUUCGUGCUAUACGAACAAGACCUCUUCUGGUCAUCUGUAGGAACUGCCGAUCACGACGUGAUUUGAGAGAGUCGGCACUGAAUCAGCUGGUCCAUGGUCAUAUCGAAUAUUUAGCACAGCCGUGUGGUCCGCAAAAGCUCGCUGCCGCCAUCCGGAGGUGUCUCAGCAACACACCCAACGAUGAUUCUUGGUCUGAAACUUCGACUACACCCCAAGCGAACUCAUUACAAAGAUCUGCUGAUCCUGGGUUCCCGUUUCCUGCGAGACGUCUGUCGGAGGACCCCAACAUGAAAACACCAAGACCACCAUUGCCAGAAUCUUUCAGGCUAGGAGAACAGGACGACAAACCCCCGUCACUUCCUAAAGAUUCGCCUUUGGACGGUUACCAACAACAGACAACUGUCACUGUUACAACGAAAACCACACCAGUCAAAUUGGCAAAACCAGCAGCAGAGAUCGAUCCUUCGAAGCCAACGCUGCUACUUGUCGAUGAUAAUGCAGUGAACCUUCGCCUCAUCACCGCAUACGCCAAAAAGCAUGGCCACGCCCGUCUCACAGCAACGAACGGUCUCGAAGCCUUUGAAGCUUACAAAGCCGCCGCCCUCGGCAACCCAGAGAAUCCCACUCCCAAACCCGAAGUCGUGCUCAUGGAUAUCUCCAUGCCGGUCAUGGAUGGCUUUGAGGCCACUCGUCAGAUCAGAGCUUUUGAACGUAGCCAAGAUAUUGCGCCAGCUACUAUUAUCGCUUUGACGGGGCUGGGGUCUGCGGAGGCUCAAGAGGAGGCGUUUGUUUCUGGCAUUGAUCUGUUCUUGACGAAGCCGAUCAAAUUGGAUCGACUUACUAAAUCGUUGAAUGAUAUCAGGGAGGGGAACGUACAACAUGUUUGA